CCCCAAGUUUCUUGAUUUGUCUUGCUCCAAUCAGUGUCUCCGCCCGACGUCGUCACCCUGUCCUCAACACCGCUAUCUGAUUGACCUUUUGCCUUUCAAUAAUGGCCGAAUCUAGAGGGGUAGAACGCUUCAAGGUGGACUUUGAGAGCUAUCUCUCAGAGAAUUUCCCAGGCGAGAAUGUUGAGCUCAUGUCUGAAUAUGCUGCAGUACUAGUGCAGGCUGGAAAAAGCAAAGAUGAACUGAAAGCAGACUUUGCAGAAGUCAUGAACAUGCCCGAUGCUGCGACCACAGUGAGCGAAUGGAUAUGCAACUAUACGGCGUCAGCGGCCCCUCCAGUGACACCCCAAGCGGAUGCAACUACUACGCACGAUGAGGAAGACAUGGUCAUCAACUUGGAUGUGCGCUCAGACGAGGAGCUAGAUGAUCAAGAACAACAUCCUCGUCGUGAGACAAGAGGCAAUCCGGCUCACCUACUUGUGAGAGCAGUUCAAGAGGCAGCUGACGACGUACGGGAGACACGUUCUAAUGGACGUAAAAGAGGUCGGGAAUCAUCGAGGGAUACUAGACGACCUUUGGACGAGGACGAAGAGGCGUCGACUGAAGGGCUUCGAGCAAGCAAAUUGUCGAAAAUGGAAAAUGGGCAACAGGAAGGAGACGAGAAUGUGACAUUCACGGUUACAGUAGAUGGAUCUGCCGGCCGUCGACCAGGAAAUCAACUUCGUCCCUUGAGUACACCAAGCGAAACCACACCCACGCGAUGCACUUAUUGGCCACAUUGUAAGAGGGGCUCGAAUUGCGUUUUUUGGCAUCCAACGCAGCCUUGUCGCGCCUUUCCUUCAUGUCCGAAAGGGAACCAAUGUCUGUACGUUCAUCCCACUGAUCAAUAUCCAAUUGCUUGUAAAUUUGGAGUCCAAUGCAUGCGACCAGGAUGUUCGUUCACGCACCCUCCCGGACAUCAUAGCAUGGGACACGCGGGCAAGCCUCUCUGCCGAUUCGAUCCCAACUGCACAAAACCUGGAUGUCCGUUUUUACACAAAAGCUUGCACAAGAACGGAAGCGUUAACGUAUUCAGUAUGGUACCUGGAAAAACGCCUAGUACGGAAGUUACCUCGGGGACGGUGUGUAAAUUUGAACCUUUCUGCCAGCGCCCCAAUUGCGCCUUCCAGCAUCCGUCAAGAUCUACACCAAUACCUGUCUUCAAAUCUAAAAAGUUUGUUGAAACCGUUGAAAAAGACUCGCCUUCCAUGGGGCAGCCAAGUGGAAACAAUGGGCGGUGGAAAAACAAAUCCGUCGUCUUCAACAAGCCGCAUAUCAGUGAACGAAGCUUUGCAUUACCUGAAGACGAUACGGAAAAGAUGGUUAUUGAUGGAGGUAGCGACAAGAAGGAAAACGGCUCAGCUAAUGCCGUCGAGGUUGGCAGUGCUUGACAUGUAGUUAGCUGUUACGAUGAGUGGCAUUAUUUGGGAGGAUGUACAGUUAUUUUUUGGGGAUUGUAAGAGGCUAUAAAAAAUCAUUAUAUUUGGUUCACGGUUGUCGUCGGCAAUGAUAUUGCCGACGAUAUUUUGUUCAUAAUCUAGCUCGUUUCAAUGUUACCUUCCUCAAAGUUAUUCUGAGCCGAGAUUUGACCCGG